CUUAUACACGCACACAGAAAAUACCAGCUUGUGCAACAGCAGCGCACAAUGCCUGGACCCAUGACAAGUUCCUAAACUGUCAGAAGUGGACCUCGUGAGCAGCUCCCACAGGCUGAAGGGCUUUCGAAACGCUCACAGUUGUGUAAGACGGAUCCAGAACAUUAACUUCAGCUUCAUUUCACAGUGUGGCAUCGGGGUCUCGCCCUCUCUGUGCCGGGGAGUAUGUGCUGUGCUGUGUGUGGCUGAAGCGCAGGGUGCAGCUGGUCUGCUUGAUUCUCCUGCGUGUGAAUGUGUCUGUGUCAGCUGAGUUAUGGAGCUGGUGACCCGUACUGUGGGCACUGUGGGAGCGGUGAUCGCUGAAGCUUUGCGCUCUUUCACAGAGCUCUUUCUCACUCAACCGCUCUGCGCAACCGUCGCCCUGCUGGGCGAGACCGAGCUCAAAACACUGGAUGGAGAGGAGUGUGUGUUUAAAGCGCGUGAGCUGUGGGAGAGGACCGGGGCCGUGAUCCUGGCUGUGAGGAGGCCUGGAUGAUUCCUGUGCAGAGAGGAAGCCUCUGAGCUGUCCUCUCUGAGACCCCAGCUGGAUGCCUUCGGGGUUCCUCUGUAUGCAGUAGUUAAAGAGAACAUUGGGACGGAGAUCAAGAACUUCAAACCUUACUUCAAUGGAGAAAUCUUCCUUGACGAGAAGAGGGGUUUCUACGGGCCGCGGGAGAGGAGGAUGGGUCUGUCUGGGUUUCUGCGUGCAGGAGUGUGGAGGAGUGGAUGGAGAGCAUUUCAGAACGGAUACUGGGGGAACGUGUGGGGGGAGGGCUUUGUGCUGGGGGGAGUUUACGUCAUCGGACCAAGACACCAGGGAGUCCUGUUAGAGCACAGAGAAAUGGAGUUCGGAGACAAAGUGAAAACAUCUGAUGUCAUCCAAGCUGUGAAACGGAUCCAAACUGAAUUUCUGCCCCUCCGUCUGAGAUAGACACAACUUCUUAUUCUCAAUCAACAUGUCGAAAAGCCCUUGUGUAUCACACUGAGGUUUAUAUGUGCUGCAGAGCAGAAUGCCAUUUAUACAGGUUGACUCCACAGCACUGCACAGUUUUGUUUACAACUAUUUCAGGUUGAUUUUAAAUUCAUCAUCCCACAAUUCAACAUACAACACCAUUCAACAGACAAAGUCAUACAAGUAUACUGUCUUUUUCUUGAUACCCUGAGACCCUUUCACUCACAAGUACAUCACAGUACAGAAGAUGCAGUAACACUCCUUGAACACUGCUACAUAACACUGACAUAAU